CUUCUACAAAAUCCCCAUUUUGAGUGUGUUUUUCGGGGUGCAGCCGUAGCCUCAAAAGAUGCAGAUCUUCGUGAAAACCCUAACGGGGAAGACGAUAACCCUAGAGGUUGAGUCAUCCGACACCAUCGACAAUGUGAAAGCGAAGAUCCAAGACAAGGAAGGGAUCCCUCCGGACCAGCAGCGUUUGAUUUUCGCCGGGAAGCAGCUCGAGGACGGCCGCACUCUCGCCGACUACAACAUCCAGAAGGAAUCGACGCUUCAUCUCGUGCUCCGUCUCCGUGGUGGUGCUAAGAAGAGGAAGAAGAAGACUUACACCAAGCCGAAGAAAAUCAAGCAUAAGCAUAGGAAGGUGAAGCUCGCGGUUCUUCAGUUUUACAAAAUCGAUGGAUCUGGGAAAGUUCAGCGUCUGAGGAAAGAGUGCCCUAACGCAACUUGUGGUGCUGGUACUUUCAUGGCGAGUCAUUUCGAUCGCCAUUACUGUGGUAAGUGUGGUCUCACCUACGUUUACCAGAAAGAGGGAGGUGACGAAUGAUCUGUUCUACUGGUAGAUCUCUCUCUCUCUAUCUCUCUAUCCUUAAAAACAGCAUUUCGAUUUCGGAAUUUUGUAAGCUUUUUUGUUGUUUAUGGAUUCAAAUGUUUGAACAUCGUUUGUUCUGGAUUAUGAAUGAUUAAAGUUUUAGGUCCUUAUCCAAUAUUUAUUA